AUGCCUACACAAAGACCAUCCUUUCUUGGAAACUUCUUGGCGGCAUUCCGCGCUCACUCACAACCUCUGCCAAAGUCCUCGGCGCCCAUAUCUUCCAGCGCAAGCGUCGCAGCAUCGACUACCAUAUGGGCUGCGGCACCGCAAAAAUCCCCAUCUCCAGGUCCAGAGGCAACUGCCACCGCUCCGAAGCCGAUCAAUCAAAAGACGAAUGCAUAUAACGCAGCGAGCACAACAGCGGCGCAGGACCGGCAGCUAGUUGCGUCAUUAUCGCCCCUUCAGCACAAUGUGAGCCCACAAACACAUCUGCCCAGAUCACCACCUUCGCCCGGUCUGCCUACAUACGGGCCCGCAAACAAGCCACAACAGAGCUAUCCGUCAGCUCAGGACGUGCGACGGCGCUCUCGGAGGGGCAGCGAUAGUAGUUCCGAUUCUGGAGGCUUUCGUGAGGUACGGAGCGGCUCCGAAAGAUGGUUCAUCGGAGGGUUGWCUGCCACGGGCGAAGAGCGAUACUACAAGCUAAGCAUGGUCAAGCGAGACAAAUCGGCGGAUCGCAUUUCGACGGACCAAAUGAGUUUAUGA